CUGCUCUCGGCGAACAAUCGGUGUUCCAGGAUGAGUGAUGGAUACUUCUGUCGACCUGCUAGGAUAUUGUUUCGAUUUAUCCUGCACAAUGGACGAUAGUGAAGCGAAAAUAGUGCCCCAUGGACGCGUGAGUGUUCGGUGUCGGUAGAAACAGUGGAAUUCGCCGCUGGUACGGCCUCGAUAGUGCACUAAUUCGAACAGUGAAAAAGUCUAGUUUUUCUACCACAGAAUCUUGUGUGAAAAUUUUGGGAGCGGCAGGAAGGAAUAUAUUCUGAACGGAUGAGAAGAUUUGAGGCAGAAUUUGUCGUUUGUCGAAAUCAGAAUUAACGUGAAAAAAUAGUACAUAAAACAGUGAUAUAUGAUCAGCGGAACAGGCCGUUGCGGCAAAGUUCAGUGGAAUAACAGCAGCAGCCGUCGCCACCAGCAGCACCGCCGCCAUCGUUGCCGUCGCCAGGAGCAGGAGCAGGCGAAACUUCGGAUAACCAGAACCAGGACCGUUGUUAGCCGGUCCGUCUCCGCCUUCGCCAGUUGCCACAGUGGCGGUCGCAGUCGUUGCAGCUUAUAACGACCGCAUCCGCUAGACGAGCGACGACAACGACUUAGCGCGAUCAUCGUUCGUUUUCUUCGUCCUUUGUCACACUCACAGUCUAAGUCCCGUCUAAGUCUUUUGUUUCCUCAUCGUUCCUCGUUUUAACUUGUUUAAUCAACUACAUCUGCCCUGCAUGCGUGGCUAAUUUCUGUCCUUCUGAGUUUCGCUGCUUAAUUUGAUUUGAGCCUGGAAGAAACCACCCACGAAAAGCAAAAAAAAAAGAAAGGCGUGCGGGGUGUCAUUGCAGGGUGUGCCGGCCAAGGAAUAUCGUGUGAAGCAACCGAGUAAGCCGAAAGAAGUAAUAAUCAAAUUAUUCAGUGUUCAGCCCCGGUGGUGGUUCUCCGGUGUGCGCUGUGGUAGUUAUUUGUGAUAAUACAAAAACACGGGACAGUCGCGCUCCGAACGUGAGUCCGGUGCGGUACCCAUUCCCGUUCGGACGACGACCAACGGCGCAGACCAGCAGCAGGAGCAGGAGCCAAGAUCUCCCGGCAACGAUCGCCGUCAAAGUGUGACCACCCUCACACUCAACUCAACACACGACACAUCCAACCAUGGAGUGCUGUCUGUCCGAGGAGGCCAAAGAGCAGAAGCGUAUCAAUCAGGAGAUUGAGCGGCAGCUGCGACGAGACAAGCGAGAUGCCAGACGAGAGCUGAAGCUAUUACUAUUAGGUACCGGUGAAUCGGGUAAAUCGACAUUCAUCAAACAGAUGCGUAUCAUCCACGGUAGCGGUUACUCGGACGAAGACAAACGUGGCUUUAUCAAACUAGUGUACCAAAAUAUUUUUAUGGCAAUGCAGUCGAUGAUUCGGGCGAUGGACCUGCUAAAAAUACAGUACAGUGAUCAAACGAACACCGAACAUGCGGAGCUGAUACGAAGUGUAGAUUUUGAAACGGUGACAACAUUCGAACCGCCAUACGUUCAAGCAAUCAAGGAUCUGUGGGCUGACGCUGGCAUCCAGGAAUGCUACGACAGGAGGAGAGAGUAUCAGCUAACAGAUUCCGCCAAAUAUUACCUAAUGGAAAUUGACCGUGUGGCGGCGACCGACUAUCUUCCAACGGAGCAAGACAUUCUGAGAGUGCGUGUGCCCACGACGGGAAUUAUCGAGUAUCCCUUCGACCUAGAGGAGAUUCGGUUUAGAAUGGUCGACGUCGGGGGACAAAGAUCUGAAAGAAGGAAAUGGAUUCACUGUUUCGAAAAUGUGACAUCAAUUAUCUUCUUAGUGGCACUGUCCGAGUACGAUCAGAUUCUGUUCGAGUCGGAGAAUGAGAACCGUAUGGAAGAAUCGAAAGCUUUAUUUAAGACUAUCAUCACGUAUCCGUGGUUCCAGCACUCGUCGGUGAUCCUGUUCUUGAACAAAAAGGAUUUGCUGGAAGAAAAAAUUAUGUAUUCACAUUUGGUAGACUACUUCCCAGAGUACGACGGACCACAAAGAGACGCAAUAGCUGCCAGAGAAUUUAUACUCCGCAUGUUUGUAGACUUGAAUCCAGAUUCGGAAAAGAUUAUUUACUCGCAUUUCACAUGCGCAACAGAUACCGAAAACAUUAGGUUUGUGUUCGCUGCCGUAAAGGAUACGAUACUGCAGUCUAAUCUAAAGGAGUACAAUUUGGUUUGAACUACAACGUCGUCUUCGUCAUGGUCGCCGUCGUUGCCGUCGUGGCCGUUACCGAAAUGUCGCCUCUACUCUUUUCCUAGUACGUUGAGUUGCCACACGCGUCGCCAUCGCAUGCGCAACAGAAGCAGCAGCAGCAGCAGUAGUAAUAGUAGUGGUAGUAGUAGCAGUAGCAUUAGAAGCAACAACAUCAACAUCAACAAUAAAGACAGUAGCAAUGUUUACCAUCAUUACCAUCACCACCGCCACCAUCGCCAUGGACAUCCCCACAAUGACUUCAGCUAUUGUGUUGCUGGGAUCUUUGUUGCCAAAGUACUAGUUGUCGAAUCGUCGCCGUCAACAGAAUCACCGCGAGAGGUAAAACGUUGCCAUCGCAGCAAUGGGUAAGAGGCAGAGAGAAAGGGCACUAAUACUACUGUAACUGUGCGAAAAAAAAUUUAAAAAAUAAAACCCAUAAAAACAAGAACAAUAGAAACGAUACACGUUAGAACAAGGCUACCACAAAAAAUAAUCGAAGUUCAUUCGCACACAAAAACACGUGUAGAUUUACAAUUUAAAGUUGAAACGUAACGGUACCAAUCACACAUACAUUUAUACCUACUUAUUUGUAAACCAAUAGGUUAUUGUGCGCGAGCUAAAAAAAAAAACAAGCAAAACGAAUGGGUAGUAUUGUAAGCGAUUUUCGUUGUUUCUUUCCGGAGCGAAUCAAUCGGCCGGGGGACCGAGCCGAAACGAGAUUAAGCCACUACUUGCCAUUGUUUCUCCGUGUGGCGACGCGCGAAGGAAGCGAAUCGAAUGCAUUAUGCAUAGUUUAGUUUUUCACACAACUACUAAUUGGUAUGGCUCCCCCUCCCUCGCGGAGGUGUUUGAUUCGGUUCUUUUCGGAAAGUCAGAAUGGGAAUUGCUCGGGUGCGCAGUUGCUUUGAAGAACUCGAAGUCGUUUUUAUCGUUCAAACGGAACAACUUUAUAACAGAGAAUUGGGUAGUUUUGCUUCUUGGUUUUACUGCUGGGCUAACUGCGAGAGAUCGGAACAAAGCAAAGGAAAAGAGUAAAACUUCUUUUAUUUUAUGUGCAUUUCUUAAUUGUUAGGGUUUAAAGAAUAGGAAUAUGUACCAAUAAACAAGAAAAAAAAGGAAAACUAACCAACAGAAGGUAGGAGAAAGUAUAAACAAGUAUAAAAAAAAAAUGCAAAACAAAUUAUGAUGUAAAGGCAAACGAAUGCGUUAGGUUUCCCGUUUUCUGUCCUCUCCUUUGAUUCGCGGAAAUCGUUUUAAUUUUUGUUGUUGUUAAUAAUCUCCUUCUCGGUUUACUACUUUUAGUUGACGAGUGUUUGAGUUUGUACAGUCUUCUGUUAUUACGAGCGGUUUAGAUGAUAUUUAUUUAAUUUAGUUUUUACAUUAAAUUAUUAGUUUAUUGAAAAUCGUACGCAUUGUUUUUUUUUUAAUAUUUUUGUUUGUUUUAUUAUGUUCCCAGAUUUUUGUUAGAUCUUAUUCUCUUAUAGCCACCGGAUAAAUCAAUUGAACAACACCCUCCCACACAAACACACACAUACAUAGACACGCGCAUAUAACACAUAUACGGCGAUAAUUUAGCACUUUUUUAAAAACUACACAAGCUGCAUACAAUGCGCUGGAAAAAAAAUAAAACAAUCCGUACACCCACGCAUACACGCAUAACUAGGUACACAAAAUUGCAUUAAACAAAAAAAGGAUGAAUGUUUAUAUAUUUAUACAUAUACAUUAAAGAAAAAGAUAAGGAAAUAUAAAAAGUCAAUCUAUUUAUUCAGCAAUUUUUAGACUUAUUUUUCUGCACACUGACUAUCAUUUUUAAGUGUAUUAAGAAGAAGUCGAUUUUGUUUUUUUCUUUUUCUAAUACUGGAGCUUCCCUCGGGGUCUUUACCUGCACACCGAUCAGCUCACUUACCCGUUGCUUUGUGUGCAUUUGAUAGUAUUUCUUUUCAAACGAACUACUGCAAAACUCGACUUAGUCUGUUAUCCGCUUCUUACAUUUCCGGGAAUGUUUCCUUGUAUACUAAGCCGCAUGAAGUAAGUACAGAAUUAGCGGAUUGAACGGCCUUUGAAAAUAACUAAAAAAAUAGUAGGAUUUCACUCAUUUAAAAAGAAGAUUAGCUCCAUCAAGUAUGAGUUUUAUUUAAAUUAGGGGGAUUAGAAGUAAAGGGGAGCAAGCGAAAACCUAGAAAAAGAACGAAAAUUGCAGUUUUCGCCAUUCACAUUGGGGGCUGUCCCAUAAAAUACAUAGACACUUUAGGAAGGAAAUGAGAGUAUUAAUAAGUGUGUACCGAUCGUAUUAUCUUAUUAAAGUGACGGUUUCUGUUUGUCACUUGCACUCCUUUCCUUCCGAUCCCUUCAAUUCAGUGUUGAGUAAGCUAAAUUUACGAGAAUGAGUGUCAUUCGACUCGAUUUUGAGUUACUUUCAACGGACGUGUUCGGUGCGCUUCAUCCCAUGAUAAGUGCUGCCAUCUAUGUCUAACUGGUUUCAUCCAAAAACAUUGAUGGCAGCACUGCUUAUAGGUUAAAACGAAUCACAUUAAACUAAUUUUGCAUAUAUGCGUAUUUUUUGCGGUUUAAUGUAAAAAUUGUCAUCAUUCGAAUUUAAAGCAGCGGGGCAUCAGAGUUGAUCAGUGCGAAUCGAAUUGAAUCGAUAGCCAGGUAAUGCGCCUAAUAGGAAGUGCCCGCGCGGUCCCAAAAUUUAGUUGUAAUUUUUACGUGAAAAUACUGUGACUGUGAGAUAUAAAGUAAAUAAUCAUUUAUACACUUGUAGUAAGCGCUAACAUUUUUUAACAAUGUUCAUUGGUUUAGUAAUACUGUCCUUCUUCCCAAAUAUGAUGAGAGAAAGAGAGAGUAAAAAAAAAACUAGCAGCCAAGGUUAGAUUUGCGAGCUUGCAGGGUGUACCAAGUAGGAAUCAAAAUGCGAAAUGCAGAUGUGAAAUUAACACAUACAUGCCCACACGAACACACUUACUGAAUGUACAACAGUAUGUGUAGGAACUGUUUUCUACUGAAAUGUUCUUUUAGUUCUUUUUAAAUUUUCCUUUCAUUUUUGUUACGACGAGCAUAAUUUAGUGUAUGUAAAUUUGUUGUUGUGUUUUUAAGGUUAUUUUCUAUUUAAAUUAUCCACUUUCCUUCGCUCGAUGUGUGUCCGCCGAGAAUCGAUCGAUGCUAUUUUCAGCUGGAACAAUACACACAUACACAUGCGCAAGUUGAGGGGAAAAAUCAGUCAAAUUCGUACUACCAAAUGCAUAGGAAGCAUGUGAGAAAAAAAACAAAACCACAUAAAGCGAAAUGGAAGCAAAACAUACGACAACACGCUCAUUUUGUUUCGCAAACGGUAAGAAAAAGCACAGAAAACCAUUUUAAUGUGUAAUAUUAUUCAUAAUUUUAUACCUAAAUUUAAUGAUAACAAAAGAAAUUGAAAUUAAACAAUUUAUACGUCGUUUUCUCGCAUGCGGAAACGAUCCAAUUGUGGAUGCAAAAAAUAGCGCAAAGCAAAUCCCGAAAGGCAAAGAAACACAUACACACAUGUAAAUAUUUCUUAGUGAUCCUGAAGAAAUUUUAUGAAAUUACUGGCAGAAAACAAGCCAAAUCGGCACACGUGCGAGAGCAUUGAUGAUCGCAGCAUAUACUUUUCCGUUCUUUAUCUGUGUAAUUUGCGCUGUUUUUACUGCCGCCAAAUUGCGCUUCAUUUCACAUACAUACAUACACAUAAAAAUACACACUCCUACGGGCAAUGAAGAGAUGAAGAAGCCAUAAAUGAAAUACACUCACACAUUCAUUCAUUCACGCUCACUUAAACGCACACAUGUACGCAAGUUUAAAAGUUAAGAGAGAAGUAUUCACACAGAAAGCAAAACGCACUCAGCCAGUACGGGACGGUCACCAAUACAUUCAAGUAGCGAGAGUACUGUAAACAUUCGUGGCGUGCUGGACCAUACUGUCCCACACCACCAAGCACACAACUACACACUCACACAGAGAGCGAAUAGAAAGCGUUUAACCACUCAACAUGGAAGGAAAAUAGUCACUAAGAUGAAAACAAAAACAAUGGCAAAUUUCGACCGACGUUUGCUUCUUCAAUGAAAAAAAAAAACAAAAAUAUUUAUAGGGAAGUCAUAGAGCAACGAAUCAAGCUAAAAAAAACAAGUAAUGCAAAAAACAGAAAUUUUGCUCUAUUUUGUAUGACACACAAACACACAC